GCGCAAUAUGCUUGAAAAAAAAUUAGCUGAUGCUGAGGUUUCUGAGGAAGAGCAGAACAAUUUACUGAAGUACCUUGAGAAAAAGGAGACAGAAUUUAUGCGCCGUCAAAGGCAUAAAAUGGGUGCUGACGAUUUUGAGCCUUUAACAAUGAUAGGAAAGGGUGCAUUUGGCGAGGUUAGAAUAUGUAAGGAGAAGGCAACUGGUCAUGUCUACGCCAUGAAAAAGCUUAAGAAAUCAGAAAUGCUUCGUAGAGGCCAGGUUGAACAUGUUAAAGCAGAAAGGAAUCUGCUUGCUGAAGUUGACAGCAAUUGCAUUGUUAAGCUAUAUUGCUCUUUCCAAGAUGAGGAGUAUCUUUAUCUAAUAAUGGAAUAUCUUCCUGGUGGAGAUAUGAUGACUUUGCUGAUGCGCAAAGAUACUUUAACAGAAGACGAGGCCAGGUUUUAUGUAGGGGAGACGGUCCUUGCUAUAGAAUCUAUCCAUAAACACAAUUAUAUCCACAGAGAUAUCAAGCCGGAUAACUUACUACUAGAUAGAAAUGGGCACAUGAAGUUAUCAGAUUUUGGAUUAUGUAAACCACUGGACUGCAGUAAUCUUCAGGAAAAGGAUUUCACAGCGGCAAGUAAGUUAAGUGGUGCUCUUCAAAGUGAUGGACGCCCAGCCCCUCCAAGGCGCACUCAACAGGAGCAACUGUUGCAUUGGCAGAAGAAUAGGAGGAUGCUUGCUUAUUCCACCGUUGGGACACCUGACUACAUUGCUCCAGAGGUUUUACUGAAGAAAGGAUAUGGAUGUGAAUGUGAUUGGUGGUCACUUGGUGCUAUCAUGUAUGAAAUGCUCGUGGGAUAUCCACCAUUCUAUUCCGAUGAACCUAUGUCCACCUGUAGGAAGAUAGUAAAUUGGCGGACUCAUCUUAAAUUUCCCGAAGAGGCAAAACUAUCUCCUGAAGCAAAAGAUCUCAUAUGUAAACUCCUGUGUAAUGUAGAACAGAGACUUGGGACCAGGGGUGCUGGUGAAAUAAAGGCUCACCCAUGGUUCAAAGGUGUUGAAUGGGAUAAACUUUACCAAAUGAAAGCUGCAUUUAUUCCAGAAGUUAAUGACGAGUUGGAUACUCAGAAUUUUGAGAAGUUUGAAGAGGGUGACAAUCAAAUUCCAACAGCAGCAAAAUCAGGUCCUUGGAGGAAGAUGCUUUCCUCAAAGGAUGUCAACUUUAUGGGCUACACUUACAAAAACUUUGAGAUUGUGAAUGAUAAUGAUGUUGCUGGAAUGGCUGAACUGAAGAAGAAGAGCAACAAAGCUAAGAGGCCAACUGUGAAGGCACUUUUCAGUGAGGAUUCGGAUGCAUCUAACUCUCAACCUGCUCACGGGAGUUUCCUUAAACUGUUACCUCCACACUUGGAAUCGUCAAAGCAGGCUGAACUAUAGUGUCCAAACUAAUCUGUUAAUAACUUUAUGACCAUAGUCAACAAAGCAAACAUGCAACAUUCCCUCUGUUAAGUGAAGCUGUUGUGUUUUAACAUAGGUGUAUUUCAAGUGUAAAGUGUCCACGACCAAGGCAGUUUUGCAAAUCUGUGACUGCCUUGGUUCAUAGUUGCGCUUGUUUUUGUGUAAAUUAUUUCUUGGAAGUACAUAUCAUUCUUUUUGUUGCUAGUUUGUAAUUUCCCCCCCUCUAAUCUGCAGAAACUUGCUCCCUUGUUCUUGUAAUCUCUUCCACUAUGGGUUUAUUUAUUUCAAUAGACUAUCUCAAAAGAUGGAAGUUUUAUUUGA